AUGAUGAGUGCAGACACCGUCGACGUCGAGCGCCGCAUAGACAAAGGCAAAGCACGGGCUGAGCCAACUGAGGCUAGUCCACUACUCAGCUCAACAAGCAGGUCGUAUAUAGGCUCCCAAGUCGACCCUGAGCCCCCUCACUCUCGCCGGCUCUAUUCAAGGCUGGUCUCUGUAUUUCUUAUCUCGCUUUCGACUUGCACACUUGCUUUUGCUCUCAUUGUUCUGAUUGUCUAUUCCUAUCGUUCUCGUGCUGCAAGUGCAUCCCCGGAGGAUAUUAUACAGCAUGCGCUGGUCUUGAGAGGCCCCGACCGGGUGAAUGUGAUUAACUCAACCGGUGACGGAGGAGUAUGGCUCAUGGUGCAUGGAAGGAUAGGACUGGAUGCUGGAACUGUGGCUGGAGUGAAGUCAGAAGAAGAAGACAAUAUCGUUCAAGGUGUCUGGAAAUCACUCGGUCGGUGGGGGAUUCGACAGCUCGACCGAGUAUCCCUAAAGCUCACGACGAUUGAGGUCACUCCUGAAAGUGACCCUUCCCAACCACUUGCGACCGUCUCCAUUCCUCCUCUCGAGAUUCCAUUGACUGCUGACCCGCCGCCAGACCUCUCAUGGCUUACGGCGAUCGCAGUCCCUGUUCUCAUACGCCCGACAAAAGACAUGGCCGUGUUGCUUAAAUUUGCGCGUGACAGCUGGAGGGAAGGAAGCAUUCAAGUCCGAACGACAGUUGGUGAGGCGGCCGUGCUGGGAGGCGGAUUGGACCGGGACAGCUGGCGGCAUUACCUGAAGCUGAUACAUACUGACAUUAGUACCCGGGUGCACAUAAUUAUUCCGCGGCUCCCAGGUUUCCCACCUCCUGGACAUAACAGUCCGCUUCCUAUAUUUUCCGAGUUCAUCACGCUUCAGUCAUUUUUAAUUACAUCUGAGCAUGACACGCUUUCAAUUCGUGCCAAUGUGACCGUUGUAGAUCCUGUUCCGACCACGCUCGAGUUCAGUGCGCCUUCAACACCGUUCACAGUUUCAUUGCCGGUGGCCAAUACCUCGGAUACCAUCCCUAUUGCUGGAGUUCAGACAGACCCAUUCCAUCUCACAUAUCCAAACAUUUCGUUGUUUGUUAAUGGCAGUGUCCUCUCUUUGCCGCGAAAUUCCUCCGCGACAGUAUCCAAGUUUCUUAGCAACUAUGUCUCCGCACGCGACUCGGACGUAUUACUCUCGACGCCAUUCUUACCUGGCCUAUCGGUCAGCGCAAAGUUUCCCGCGCCGCGCCCGAAACCGCAAAUUCUGCGCGACGUGACAAUCAAAGACAUGAGGAUCAAGCCCGUCGGUGCGGGUAUGGUUGCGAGUGGGACGAUACUUGCGCGUGUCGUUCUCCCGCGGGGAAUUGAGGUUAACGUGGACGUCCUGCGCGUCUUACCUGAUGUUAUUGUAUACGAUGGACCGGUCCCCGCUGAAAAUGAACCACAGGCUGUGCCUGUUUCACAUUCCCGUGCCGUCGAUGGUCUUGAUGAUGGCGAGGAUGUGCCCCCGGCACCGCCCUUGCCGGAUCCACUGCCUGCACGAGCGUUCGCGCAUAUUCGUCCAGAAGAUUGGCUUCUUGCGGAAAGUAAGCCUGCGGAGAGUGAGGGUGGUGAUGGUUCGGCCGUGGAAGUAUGGGCGAAUAUUGAAGAUGUGCCGCUAGACGUGCUCCCCGGGCGGGAACGCGAGUUCAGUAAUUUUGUGACGAAGGUGAUUUUCGGCACCCAGGGUGCACUGGCGGGCGUUGAAGGGGUUGCUGCGGUCGCUGUACACGUACAGGGCCUCCCAUUCGAAAAUGGCCGGAAUGGUGAGAUGGAGUUGACGGGACUUCCCUUCCAGGGCAGUGUACGGGUCGGAAAGAAGUCGAUGUGA